AUGAGGAUCAGGACCACACCGACCUUUGUCUCGGCCGCCCCCGAGGCCUUUGCCUGCGUUGGCAGCGUCCCCUUUCCCCUCCAGGCCGCCGAGCCGCUGCUAAUUCCCGGCGACGGCGAGCCCACGGCCGACUCAAUCUUCAGCGGCGUCACGACGUUUGCCCACCUGCCCUUUGGAGCCUGCUUCUCACCUUUGACUGGCUCAAUCCCCGACACAGACCUCGUCAAGCCCGGAAACACAUUUGACAUUGCGUUUGUGGGCACGCCCUUUGACACGGGCACCAGCUUCCGCCCGGGCGCCCGCUUCGGGCCCAAUGGCAUCCGCCAGGGCAGCCGGCGCCUCACUCUGUACGGCGGCUACAACGUUGCCCUCGACGUCAAUCCCUUCAAGGACUGGGCCCGCAUCGUGGACUGCGGCGACGUGCCCGUGACACCGUACGACAACAACAUGGCGAUCGAGCAGAUGACAAAGGGCCACAAAAAGCUCCUUCACACGGCUGCCAAGGCGACUACCAUAAAAGGACCCAGCGGCAAGACGCACACCAAGCCUCUCUACACCAAGACGGGCAAGGUGCACCCGCGCAUCAUCACCCUCGGCGGCGACCACACCAUCGUGCUGCCCAUUCUCCGCUCCAUCAACUCGGCCUACGGGCCUGUGUCCGUGAUCCACUUUGACUCGCACCUCGACACGUGGCAGCCGAGCGUCUUUGGCGCCGGUCGAAGCAAGACGGCCUCGAUCAAUCACGGGACCUACUUUUGGCACGCUGCUCGCGAGGGCCUCAUCCGCAACGGCAGUUCAGUGCAUGCCGGCAUCCGCACCACCCUCUCGGGCCCCAGCGACUACCGCGUCGACAAGGAGGCCGGCUUCCAGCUCAACGAGGCCCGCCUCAUCGACCAGAUCGGCACCCAGGGCAUCAUCGACAACAUUCGCAAGGCCGUCGAGGGCAACCCUGUCUACCUGUCGAUUGACAUCGACGUGCUGGAUCCCUCGGCAGCGCCUGCCACGGGCACCCCCGAGACGGGUGGUUGGUCCAGCCGAGAGCUCCGUACUAUCAUCCGCGGCCUCGAGGGGCUCGACAUUGUGGGUGCCGACCUCGUCGAGGUGAGCCCGCCGUACGACAACCAGGCCGAGGUGACGCAGCAGGUGGCCGCCGAUGUUCUGUACGAGGUCAUGUCGCUCAUGGUCAAGCGCGGGCCCCUCAUCGAUGUGUCUGAUUAG